GGAUUAGAUUGGAAAGGAUGUGGGUGGGUGGCUGGGUAAAAAAGGUAGAAAUACAAAAGCUGGAACACACAGGCAGGUGGACUGAUUUAAGCAGAACCACUGCUGGUACAGAUCUGUUGUGUUGGGCUGCAUUUUGUGUUUUCUGUUGGUUGAUGGCGAGUCGGUCCACAUGUGAUUGUUCAACCCUGUAGGAGGAUGAUGUUGAGUUGGGGCUGAAUUUAAACACCAAGCUGUUGACACACUUGCCUGUUGUUAGAGGAUAUUAUUCCUUACACAGCCUCCUGCAGCCACAUCUUCUCUCCCCUCUUUACUCUGUCUCCUUCCCUCCCAUCAUCUUUCACUCCCUGACUCACCCCUCCUUCAGCUCUCUGCUUUACUUGUAAAUUCAAAUCACCUUCCUCUCUUGUUGUACAUUGUCUUACCUAUAAACCCUUGCUUCUUUAUACACCCAUUUUAUUGUGUGAGUGCAAACUAGCUUGGAUUGUCUGCUUGCUCACCAUUCGUUUUAAGUGACCCCCCCCCUUUUCUGCCCUGUAUUGAAAGGAGUGAGAGGUGGGGAGGGAAUGGGGGGAACAGCAGGAGAAUAGCGACUAGGACUCAGCUGUGGAGAGUGUUGUGGCGCGAUCUGAAAGAAUGGCCUGUUGUGUUGGGCAGUAUUGUGUGUCUGUCCUCCUGCUACUCUGUCAUGGCGAGCUUCAUCAUUCCUUUAUUCCAAGCAUUCGACCUGCUCCUGUUGGAGAUAUAAAUUGCUGCCUAGAUCUUAUUUCAAGCUUAAAUCCAGUGCUGGGUUUGUUUUUGAGAAUCCUGGCUGGAGAUUUGCGUGCCAGAUCUGGAGGAGUACAUUUGUAAAUUCUGCUCUGUGCAAUGAUUAUGGUAAUUUUCCUCCAAUUCACUGUGGUUGUAUAAAAGAAGACAAUGUUCUAUGCUGCAUCAACUUCACCAGUUCAGCAGCCACAGCUUGACCUAAAUAAAAUGAUACACAAACGGCUCAAGUCUGGCCUCAAUUUUUAAUCAACUAAUGACUAGCUUGCACUUGCAUAACUUGGAUGCAGUCAAAAUUCCCUUUUAUAUGUCCAUCUUAUCAUAGUUUUCAAUAGCUACUGAAACUGAUGGAACUUGUGUAGUUUGUCAAGUAUUCAUUAGCGCAUUGGUUGAUGAUCAUGUGACUUGCCUAUGAGGAGUUUGCUUGCUAAGGUUUUAACAUUUUACGAGGAUGUGUGAGGAUAUGUACUCCAUUUUAUUCAAGUCAUGACCCAUCAACAUGACGGCAAAAGUGAAUCAUUUCACACUUCUGUUCUAUCCUGGACUGGAUAGAGCUACAACUUCUUGACAAUAGUCAACUAUUAAAUUAGUCUCUAACUGAGUCUUGAUGUCAUGUCUCUCUUAAGCAAAAGAGUAGUUUCAUUUGUUAUUGAGACGUGAACUGUAUAGUUUUUUUGGUUAAUGUUUAGUAGGUUUUUUUUGUUAGAAAUUUUGACUUGAGUGGGUUGAUAUAGUUUUGUAUCAUGGUGCGAAGUGUUAUCCUUGCAGGUCUUUGACUUUAAUGUGCUAUUGCAGUUUAAUAUUCAGUAUGAUUUAUCACGUUGCUAGACAAACCAUACAAGCCAUGUUAUGAGCACUUAAAAUUCAAGUUUCAAAACAACAUUUACUAUGGCACUUUGGAUACGUCAGAGGUGGCCAAAGUCUCAGUCUCACAAGUAGAUGUGGUUGGUCAAACAAUGAGGGAGGAUCCAUAGAACAGUUAAUAUCAAAUGUAGCCAUUGGUUAUGACAAAAGAGCUUUGUUGAACUAUUCCUGUUGUGUGUGUUUGUUUGUAUGUUGUGAUCUCAUUGGUAUCAUGAGUCUUGUAACCCUUCAGUGUCCACUCUUGGUCCAAGAUGAUGUCAUUUCCAAUCCAGAUUAUGAAGUGCUCUUCCGAAACCGUUUAGUCCGGGAUCCAAUCUGAAGGUACCACCCGAGCCCCUCGAGACGGCGAGGUCCCAGGGGUCGAUUACAACUUCCUGUCUGUGGAGGACUUUCUAGAGCUUGAGGAACGAGGCACUCUUCUGGAAGUUGGAACGUAUGACGGUAACUAUUAUGGGACCCCCAAGCCGCCCAGGCAGCCCAUCAUUGGGACAGUGAUUCUCAGUGAUGCAGGCUCCCAACAGUCCACCCCAAAGCGCACCAAGUCCUACAAUGACAUGCAACACGUCCGCGUAGUGCCUGCUGACGACAACGAUGACGACCAGGCCUCGGAAAUGAACAACAGUUUUACAGGAUCCUUAGUGCGUAGUGUCUUCCCCUCUCCUGUGUUGUACUCAGGUAACCCUAGCGACCAGGACGAGAGCCGCGGCGGCAUCCUCCGGCCGUACCCCACACGUGAAAAUGCUCCACCCUUUGGUCUGAACAAUGCCGCCAUCUCCACCGCAGACAGCGGGCAGCAGACGCUGGCAGAGCCGCAGGUCUCGCCCGAAGACCCGCUGGGACCUCUCCCUGAGAACUGGGAAAUGGCCUACACGGAGCACGGAGAGCUGUACUUCAUAGACACAGCAAAGACACCCCGCCAGGACAUGGCUGUGUGUUAUCAAAGCUUCCACAACACAAAGACCACAUCAUGGUUGGACCCCCGCUGCCGAGACAAAAGCUCCAGGCCACUGGAAGAGUGUGAAGACGAUGAAGAAGGCGUACAUACGGAGGACCUGGAGAGCGAUCUAGAGCUUCCUCCAGGAUGGGAGAGGAUAGACGACCCAGUGUACGGGGUUUACUACGUAGAUCAUAUAAACAGGAAAACCCAGUACGAGAACCCUGUGGUGGAGGCAAGGCGCCGCAAAAUCCUGGAGCAGCACCAACCGCAGCCUCCAGAAGGUGAGCGGUAUAUUCGAGAGUGGAUAGAAGAACACUCGUCAGCCGCGGCUCCUCUGGCCAACUACGCCCCCAACCACCUGGAGACCUACAGAGACCCUCAAGUCCCACCAACUCUACCUCCCAUCCCCACAGGGGUGAAACGAGGGAAACCUUUCUUCACCAGAAACCCAGCAGAACUGAAGGGAACGUUCAUCAACACCAAACUGAAGAAGAGCCGACGUGGCUUUGGCUUCACUGUGGUCGGAGGCGAUGAGCCCGACGAGUUUCUCCAGAUCAAAAGCCUGGUGCUGGACGGGCCGGCGGCUGUGGACGGCAAGAUGGAGACAGGUGAUGUCAUCGUGAGCGUCAACGACACCAUUGUUCUGGGCUACACUCACGCUCAGGUUGUCAAGAUCUUCCAAUCCAUCCCCAUUGGUUCCAUGGUGGACCUGGCGCUGUGCCGUGGCUACCCGCUGCCUUUCGAUCCCGACGACCCCAACACCAGCCUGGUGACCUCUGUGGCCAUCUUGGACAAGGAGCCCAUCAUUGUCAACGGACAGGAGACGUUUGACUCGCCGUCCAACCAGGCCGGACCAGUGAACGGCAUGAGAGAGCCGCGGGCUCACAGCCCCUCUGCUGAGGUGGUGUCCAACAGCUCGCACGGCUACUCCAGUGACGUGGUCACGCUGGCCUCGUCCAUAGCCACGCAGCCCGAGCUGAUCACCAUCCACAUGGAGAAGGGGGACAAAGGGUUCGGGUUCACCAUCGCGGACAGCUUGACGGGAGGAGGACAGAGAGUAAAACAGAUCGUGGACUAUCCUCGCUGCCGGGGGCUGAAGGAAGGCGACAUUCUCAUGGAGGUUAACAAGAGGAACGUCCAGAACAUGAGCCACAACCAGGUGGUGGACCUGCUCAGCAAAUGCCCCAGAGGGAGCGAGGUGACCAUGCUGGUGCAGAGAGGAGUGGUGCCGGCCAAGAGGAGUCCCAAGCUGGUGCACCAGUUAGAGAGGAAAGACAGCCAGAGCAGCUCCCAGCACAGCGUGUGCAGCCAUCGCAGCACCCACACUGACUCUCCCAGCCACCCACCCUCUGUCAUGCCCAGUGAGGCCGUGGUGCCCACUCCCGCUGCGCCCACCCAACCACUGCCAGGCCUGCCCCCGCAGGACCCUGCAGAUGGCACCCUCACCCUGCAGAAGAAGCCAGACCCCUUUAAGAUCUGGGCACAGUCCAGGAGCAUGUACGAGAGCCGACUGCCAGAUUGCCAGGAGCAAGACAUCUUCCUCUGGCGGAAGGACACUGGCUUUGGCUUCCGAAUUCUGGGAGGGAACGAACCUGGAGAGCCUAUCUACAUCGGUCACAUCGUGAAAUAUGGAGCAGCAGAUGAGGACGGACGCCUGCGGUCGGGGGAUGAACUCAUCUGUGUGGACGGCACGGCAGUGGUGGGCAAGUCGCAUCAGUUGGUGGUCCAGCUGAUGCAGCAGGCGGCCAAACAAGGCCACGUCAACCUCACUGUCAGACGGAAGACCGCCGGAUACGGAGGGUCAAAAGGAGAAGGGGACGUUCCGCCAUCACCCGCGUCCUCGCACCACAGCAGCACACAGGCUCCCAGCCUGACCGAGGGCAAGCGGACCCCUCAGGGGAGCCAGAACUCCCUCAACACUGUGAGCUCUGGGAGCGGAUCCACCAGUGGCAUCGGCAGUGGAGGGGGAGGGGGCAGCGGGAGCGCCGUGGUGCCUGCAUCCUUGCAACCGUACGACGUGGAGAUCCAGCGUGGGGAGAACGAAGGCUUUGGUUUUGUCAUCGUGUCGUCCGUGUCCCGCCCUGAUGCUGGCACCACUUUUGUUGGAAACGCAUGUGUGGCCAUGCCUCACAAAAUAGGCCGCAUCAUCGAGGGCAGUCCGGCCGACCGCUGCGGGAAACUCAAGGUGGGCGACCGGAUCCUGGCGGUCAACAGCUGCUCCAUCACCAACAAGUCGCACUCGGACAUUGUCAACCUGAUCAAAGAGGCCGGGAACACCGUCUCGCUCAGGAUCAUCCCGGGUGAUGAAUCUUCCAACGCUUCUCUGCUGACCAACGCUGAGAAGAUCGCCACCAUCACCACCACGCACACCCCUCAGUCCAAAGAGUCCCGGAAUAACUCCAAAUCUAAAGGAGCUCCUCCACCUCCACCCACGCAAACCCAGACAGCACAGGAUGAUGAGUUCUACUCAGUGGACCUAGAGCGCGACAGUAAAGGCUUCGGCUUCAGCCUGAGAGGUGGCCGAGAGUACAACAUGGACCUGUAUGUGUUGAGACUAGCAGAGGACGGGGCGGCUGUCAGGAAUGGCAAAAUGCGGGUUGGAGAUGAGAUUCUGGAGAUCAACGGUGAGAGCACAAAGAACAUGAAGCAUUCACGUGCCAUUGAACUGAUCAAGAACGGCGGUCGCCGAGCGCGACUCAUCCUCAAGCGCGGUGACGGAUCUGUUCCCGAAUAUGAUGGCAGCAAUGACGGGCACCCUCCCGCACCCGGGGCACAAAACACUCCGCAAAUGAGCACGCUGCCACACAACAGCCGAUAUCACACCACAUUGGAGUCCAGUUAUCCACCAGACCUUCACAAACCACCAAGCCACGAGGAGGCCGUGCUAAUACGGGACAAGGCCGACCAGACGGACUAUCAUGCCCGGCAGUUUACUCCCCCCUAUCAUCACUCCUGGAAUAACAACCACAGUCAAAGCGACCCUCCACAGCUCUCUCCCAAAAGCAGCAAUAGUGGCGGCAACAAGAAGAGCAGAGGCCGCAAGGUCAAAAAGUCAGAGUCAGAGAGCGGCAUCUCAAAACUCCUUAAGACUCUGAGGAAGGACAGCUUGGGGAAGAAGGCCGCCGCCGCUGCUGCAGAGAAGGCUAAAGGGCAGGGCCGCUCCACCAGCAGCUCAACGCUGGACGGUCGAUUCCGCCAGCAGCGACGUGGCUCUCUUGACCGCUCACCAACUCGUAAGCGCACCUCCUCUCCAGACCGACGACGGGCCAAGUCGAUGGACCGCAGGGCGGAGCGAGCGCAUCGGGACCGCACACCGGAACGGGAUAACGAUGACGGCGGGUUCCUGGCUGUCACCCCUGAACGGAACUUCUAUGAGCGGAGGUUCAUGAAGGAUCCAGGAGCGAGGGAGGUCUCAACCCCAGACCGUGGCAGCAACAACGGAGACUUCUCGUCUCUAGCCAGGGGACGUACGUACGAGCGCGCCACAAAAAACGGCAACCUCCUGAGGGACUCGUCCUCGGAGCAAUAUUGGCUGAACGGAACACCGGAGAGACGAUACCGAGUGGAGCGGGAUUCAUCCCCGGACAGCAACUACAGCAGGGAGGAGCCGAACUAUGCAGCGGCCCCCCGGCUCAAAGACUACUAUAGCAUGACCAAGAACAAUGCUGCACACAACAACGCUGCCUACCACAACAACACUGCAGGCCGGGCCCAGAACCAGCUCCCCGAGCCCAAGAGACGGCUGUAUAAAGAAAGUCCCAAAGACCUCAGCAUCUAGAGCGGAGCGGACCAGCGCGUCCCUCCGCGGCGCUCUGAGCUAACUCUGUACCAUACACUGGAAACUUGGGAGGAUACAAACUCUCGUGCUUUUCUUUGGUCGACUGAUUUAUUUGAUGAAACUACUUGUGAUUCCACCCAAGAUUCAUACAACAGCAGUACAAUCCUUCGAUCGGUUCAUGCUAGUUGUUUUGUCAUUGUUCUAGUUUCUUUGAGCAUAAGAGGUCGUUGUACUGUAGUAAAGGUAUUGUAUGUGCCUGGAUAUGAAAUCAGUGAUUUUGCUUUUUAUUUCUGUCAACAUGCUGAAUCUAAAUAUUCCCUCAGAGGUAUGAAACAUGCUUCCAGUCGUGCCGACUUGUUUUUGAUGUCUUUUCGAUCCCUAAAGAUGUUUAUUGAACAAACUAUAGCACAAGACACUGAUGGUUCACUAAACUGUGACGGAGACCUGAGUCUGGGAUCAGGAUCCCAGCCCUGACUCACUUGGUGGAAUCAGGUGAUGCUUGUUAAAUGAUUCUUUUCAAAGAUAGAUUUGAAACUUUAAGAGAAAUAUGGAAGGAACACGAGUCAUUUCUGGUUUAUAGCUGGUCGACAAGAUUCACUGUGGCACCACAAGGCUCCAGACUGAUUUAACCCCUGAAUUUGGUUUGAAAGAGACACACUCACCAUCACUGCAUGAUCCUCCUGCACAGGUUCAAGUCUCACACCGUCACUGAGCCGUCUUUCUUAAAUGCUCAGAGCCUGCAACACGAGUAAAUCGGUGGAAAUAUUAUAUUAAACACAAACUGCUGUAACCCACGCUCCUCACUCAAUUAAAGAUCGCAUCCCAAAAUUAGAACAAUGGCUAAGUAACUGCAUGAGUCCAGUACUUCAUGUGUUGAAGUAUCAUACAGCAGUUUUUUUCCUCUAAAUUGAGAUCAACUUGUUGAGUAACUAAACAAGUGUGCGACAGGGAAGUGACUUACCUGGAUUCCGGUCGCAGUCUUCAAGUCAUCUUUAAAUUGGCUGAGGUGACUGGGUUCAUGUGCUGUGUCAGAGCUGGGUUCAAGUCAUCAUAUUGGCCGGUGGCGUCAGAAAUGUGUGUCCACAUCAGGACACGACUCCUCCAAAUCUAUAUAUAACCAGAGUGAAUGUUGUCCUCAAGGUCUUGGUAUCGAUGACAUCAGGGCAGGGCUUUCACUGAGUGAAUGCAACUGAAUGUUACCUGGUGGAGCAGGUACAGCCAGUGCCUCUGCAAGGCUUGGGUCAUGGGGUUGGCUCCCUCUUCCACCACCAGUUACUGCAUCCAAAUGCCUGAGACAUGGAGAGCCCAGAAUUAACCUGGGGCGCAUAUAGAAGGUGCAGGAGGUGGGCGGAGUUAGGAAGAGGGAAGGGUUACAAAGAUAGAGUGGGAAUGAGGAGCAGUAGAGUGGGGGGUACAUCAGUCAUGAGUUUAGGUGUUUUUUUUAAUUAAAAAAUAUAACUCACAUAACCCAACUGAGUGUGUCAGCCCCCUUCUCUCUCUACGCCUCACACCUAACUCCUCCCACUCCUUCAUCUGCCCUUUAGCCACUCCUGCAGCAGUCUUGAUCAGCUGUGAAGAAAACAGCCAAAAAGCUGAGGGCGGCAGGGAUUUGAACUCAGGCACCCUGUUUAUUGUGUUGACUGAAGACUGCUACCAAGAGUCUUAAGCAGAAGAACAAUUCUAUUACUGCAAGAAGCAGAGAAGCCAAAAACAAAGCUGGAAGCCCAGAGAACUUCAACAAGGGACUUGAACCCAUGCACUUCGACACACGACUGUCACAUAAGUGUGUACAGUAUAUUUCACUCAGACAUCAACUAAAACCACACAGUUAUCACAGUAUAAUUUUCUCCAGUCUGGAGCCCAGUAUUAGCAUCUCAUCCCAUGACCAGAGUCCCCUGGUGGCCUCAAGCCUCAACUACAAGCCAACUCAUGAAUAACUCUCCUCCUCCUGGUGGCAUCACAUCUAAAUCAGACUGUUUAUUGAAUGUUGAAGAGAAAGCAAAGGUCAUUUAAACCUGUGCCACCAACACAUUUGCUAGACAAGCUGCCAUUUCUGUUCAUGAGCUGACAACUGAACGCACCAGAAGAAUGUGAAAGCGAUGCUAUAAUACUAGAGAAACAACCACUCAUAAACUUACACUUGAGUUGUGUGUAUUUAAGAUAACAUGAUAAACAUAUGAAGAAAAUUUUAUUAACCCUGAAGAAUUAGAAUGUGAAAUAAACACUUCAAAUAAGAACCAUAGAUCAUUGAAAUCACAAGUGCCCGUCCUCACUGCAGCCAUUUUAAAUAAUUGGGACAAAACUUGAAAUGACUGAAAAUAUGAUCAUGUGUUCCUGGGCUGUUUGACUCCAAAGCGCUGAGGGAGCAGAGGAAAGCCGAGAACCAGUUGUGAGCUGAAAACCUGAAGCGACUCCUGCGUGAGCUGCAUGUCUAAGUGUUUGUGUAGUGAACCCACAAUCGGAUAGAUUUGAAGAAAAGAAAAAAAAAAAGUAAUUCCACAUGAGUCGUCCACACUGAGGAGAAGUUCUGGUACCAGAGACCAAACUGCCAUGCUGAGCCACACCGUCUCACCACUGGAGUCCGACUGCUGCUUCGUGUCAUGUUCUGUGUCUCCUGUCUUUUUGGUUCCAAACUGAACAUGUAUAUCGGAGAAAUCACGCCAUGGUUUGAUCACUGUCAUGUAUUUAACCAGAGGUCAUCUGUAGAGAUCGCCCCCAGACCCCGUGGAAAACAUUUAGCCCGGUUAAGGAAUUGAAAAAGGUUGCCUUGUUCUUGUACAAAAGAGAAAUUUAUGAAAACCUCCGCCGUGAGGAACGUGAUAUUGUGAUCAUAUCUCGGAAACGGACCUGAUGACUUACGGGAAUGAUUUUCUCUGGAUCAGGUAUGUAAAGAGCUUCUAGAAUGAAAGUCAAUAAGGAAGUGUCUGUUGGAUGGUUAGCCUGCCUUUGUAUUAUAAAGCACUUGUAUGCAGUCUGUGUUCUUCAAGCAUUAUUUCUUGCUCCGUGCUCCAGACAUAAUGCUGUCUAUGUGUUGAGAAAAGCAGUACAUGUAUAUGGGCCAAUCUUUUGUUUGUUUUAUAAAACUAUGCAUAUAUAAAUACUACAUUGUUCAUAGCUUUAUUUGAGCCAUGAAGCGAAACAUAACAUUAGUCUAAGUACAAGUAGAUGUGGACUUCUCCAGCUUCUUUCCUUCAGAUGGAUUACAAUGUAUAUGUAGCUAUCAAAAGAAGUCUGUGAAUGCUAUUUUUAUUAUCAAAUAAAGGUUUUUCCAUACAAA